AGCGUGUGGUACGCGAGUGGAUUGAACUAACCACCCCCGGCCUCGUCUUCUUCUCCGCGCCCCGGUGUGUUCCCCACCUAACCCCACCCCGAAUCCACCAUGGCCGCCGGUUCUGGCCCCGCCCCGCCCGCGGAAGCGCAGCCCCCGCCGCCGAUCCACCACCUGCCGCCGGACGCGCUCCACAACGUGCUGCUCCGCCUGCAGCUGCGCGACGCCGUCGUGUGCCGCCCCGUCUCGCGCCUCUUCCACGAGACCCUCUCGCCGCAGCUCCUCGCGCUGCUCCCCAGCCUGCGCCUCCUCCUCCUCCGCCACCCGCGUCCCGACGGCGGCGGCUGCCUCCACGCCUUCGACCCCGCGCGCCGCACCUGGCUCCGCCUCCCCUUCGCCCACUUCCUCCCCUACCACUCCUUCUCCCCCGUCGCCUCAUCCACGUCCCUCCUCUACCUCUGGGUCGAGACCUCCUCCUCCACCUCGCCCCUGGCCCUCCCCCCGUCCACCUCCUCCGCGUCUUCCGCCUCGCCCGUGCACCCGCCCAAAUCGCUCGCCGUCUGCAACCCCUUCGCCGGCACGUACCGCCUCUUGCCCCAGCUCGGAUCCGCCUGGGCGCGCCACGGCACCGUCCUCGCCGGCCCCGCCGGCACGGUGCUCGUCCUCACCGAGCUCGCCGCGCUAUCCUACACCCCCUCCGGAUCCGCCAAGUGGAUGAAGCAUCCCCUCUCUCUGCCGUCCAAGCCGCGGAGCCCCAUACUGGCCUCCGACGCCGUCUUCGCGCUCUGCGACGUCGGCACGCCGUGGCGCAGCCAGUGGAAGCUCUUCUCCUGCCCGCUUGCCAUGCUCACGGGGGGCUGGGCGCCCGUGGAGCGAGCGGCGUGGGGAGACGUCUUCGAGGUCCUCAAGCGUCCCCGGCUCCUGGCUGGGGCCGGCGGCCGCCGGGUCCUUAUGAUCGGCGGGCUCAGGUCCUCCUUUGCCAUGGACGCGCCAUGCUCCACGGUCUUAAUACUCCGCCUAGAUCUGGCCACCAUGGAGUGGGAGGAAGCUGGGCGCAUGCCGCCCAAUAUGUACCGCUGCUUCACUGGCCUAUGCGAGGCUGCCUCGCAGGGAGGCGCCAUACCGGCCGCUGCUGCCGGGGGUAACAAUAAGGUCAAAGUUUUCGGAGGCGAUGGGAAGGUGUGGUUCGCUGGUAAGCGAGUGCGCGGGAAGCUUGCAAUGUGGGAGGAAGAUGAGAUGGGGAGCAGUGGGAAGUGGGACUGGGUGGAUGGUCUUCCUGGCUAUGGUGAUGGUGUAUACCGUGGAUUUGUGUUCGAUGGCGGGUUCACAGCGAUUCCUUGAAAACGAAUCCUAGUCUGGUGGGUGUCCGCUCAAAUUGCGCCGGUUUACUUUGACCCAGGACAUCUACCUAUCUUAUCUCAUGCAUGAUGAAAACUCUAGUUGUUGUACUUGAUUAUUGGAAAAGAUCAGUAAGCUGUGUGUUUCAGACAAUAAAAUGAUGUAGACCAUACUCUAUUUACAUAUCAAAAACUUGAAAUAGUGCCUGCCAUUUGGUAAGCAUUUCCCAUCUUGGUCAUAUGCAAGGUAAGUAGACACAUCAUCAUAAUACCUUGAUAUGUCAAAGCUGUUAAUCGGAUGUUUGCUUUAAAAUGCAGUUGUGAGUUACUCUGGGUUGUCAAGGGUUUUGAUAUAUAUUAUAGGGCUAGUGAUGGUGUUAGCCUAACACUUGCAUUGCAUCAUACAGUAACACACGGUUUCAUGUCUUUCCCUGCUAGUUCUCCACUGGAUGAUGCUUAUUUUGUUUAAUAUAAACUGUGGUUACCUACCUAUUAUUUGAUCCACUUAGGCCUUUGAUGAUUAGCUCUAGGCUCUAUAGCUGGUCGAUAUAGUGAUAUAUAUGACAAAUUACGUGGGCCUUCAGAGGAUAUUAGUAAGUAAUAGGCGUAGGCUAUCCUAUUCUCAAUGUGUUACCUUGAUGGAGCACAACAUUUGUUGAUGUAAUUGAGCUGGGAUGAACCAUUGACCUAUCCUAUUCCU